GCACGUGUUAUUAAAUAUGGCUGCCUCAACGAGGCAAGUUUCUGGCAGUGCGGAGACAUAUUUUGCAAAAAAACUUGCUAGCAAUGAAAAAACUGUGAGAGAUAAAGCUGUGAAAAAAUUAAGGACGUGGAUAUCAACACGCCGCUCUGUUUCAUCUGGUUUGUCUCUUUUCUUGCUACUUUAUAUGGAUAGAUAGAUAGAUAUUUAUUUUUUCCAGUAUACAGUUACAAUUUUGAAAUUCAUAUGGAAGAAAGAUUAAUUGAUUUAAUACUUGAUUUUGUUUUAGAUAAUUUUGUGAAUUGUUUGCAAUCGAUGACGAUCGAUGAUCAGAAAGCCAAUCGACAAAGCCUGGUUUCCAUAUGAUCGUUACGAUCGCUAUAAAUAUUUACCAGUGACCGUAACGAUCGCGAUCGUUUGUUCAUUUCCAUAUGAUCGCUUCUCUUUUUGCAUGCAUAUGAUGUGAGAGAGGUGGGGUUGUUAUGUUCGCUGGGGUCUUUAUGUUCACUGGGGUCUUUAUGUUUGCUGGGGUCUUUAUGUUCGCUGGGGUCUUUAUGUUCGCUGGGGUCUUUAUGUUCACUGGGGUUGUUUUGAUUGCUGAGAUAGAAACUGUUCAAUCUCAGCGAUCACGAUCAUAGCGGUCGCUGCAAUCGCCACCUCAUUCAUUUCCAUAUAAUCACUAUGAUAACUGGUACAUUUUUUCAGCAAUCGUAAUGAUUAAAGUGAUCAUAACGUUCGAUCAUGUGGAAACCAGGCUUUAAUAUUGACCGACAAUCAAUUGAUAGCCACAAAAUUCCAUCUGUUUGGCAAUUUCUGAUAUGAAUUUCAGUUCACUGCCAGUACCAAUCUACCAUUUAAUUACCAGUCAAAUGUGUUUAAUGGGUCAUUCCAGAAAAGAUCCAUACCCCCCACGGAGGAAAUCGAAAAUACCCCCUUUCGGACAUCCUGGAAUGGUUCAUCCCCCUCUCCGGAUGUCAAAGCCCACAAUUACCUUCGGACAACCACUAUUUCUAAAUUUUUCUUAAGGCUACCUCGCCGUUUGAAAACGGCACCGAAAAUUAGACUAUGUUCACACUACGCACAGAGAGAACUAAUGCGGGCAGAAUUUACGUGUGUUCACACUACGCCAUUACAGUUAGUUUACAAAUUAAAUUAGCACUCAUCUGGGCUCUGGCGCACAGCUCUAUAGUGGAUGUCAAAUCUGAACCUCUUUAUACCAAUAGACCUUAUGCAUAAUGACGUCACAAGGCUUGAUACCUGCGAGGAAUGCUGGUCUUAGUAGUCAUCGCCCAGGAAAAUUAAACAAUUUAAAAUGGCCAUUAUCGAAAUUUUCCCGGGCGAUGACUACUAAGACCAGCAUUCCUCGCAGGCAUCAAGGCUUGUGACGUCAUUAUGCAUAAGGUCUAUUGUUAUUGAGAAAUUCUUGGUCUAGCUGCAGAUUUAUGAGCAACCAAAAGCAUGUGUGAAGUAUUCCAUGAAGAUCCAAUAGGAUGUAUUAACCAACUGAGUUGCACUGGUGCUCAAUGGAGGGCACUGGUGCACAAUGGAUUAAUCAAUCUAGUUAACCAAUUAAGUUGCAUUGCAUUAUUAUUAUUUUACCCUGUCUAAUACCAGACGAUUUUACUCAUCAAAUGCAUAGGUAGGUGUGGCGAUGACAUCAUCGUUCAUGUUGUUGUUGAGAGUUUGGACAAACGGUGAUUUAGACAUGCGAUCAUCACGCUUGUAUUAAUUUAAGUAAUAAAACUAUACUUUCGGAAACAGCUAUCAGUAUCGUUACAUGGUGUCAGGUGUGGGAUAGUACUGCACGACCGAGGCGUUUUUUCAAGGAAAAGAACCUGUACAAUCAACAAAUAAAAGAACCCAUACAAUCAACAAAUAAACAGUAAAUACAUCAAGCAAUGGCAGAGGCGGAAGUGCCUGCCGCCAUGUUCCACCGAUUUGAUGACAACAUUGCGAUAAGUUGGAAAACAUGGAAAAAGCCUUGGAAACACUUUGAAAUUGCUACGGCAGUUUAUAAGCAAGACGGAUUGUUUGUGUGUCAACCCUGCUAAGCAUAAUACUGUAGGUGAAGAUGGCGUCAAAACAUUCGACACUUUUACGUGAGAAGGCGAAAGCGAAGACAAUAUAGACCAUGUUCUAAAGAAAUUUGGGUGAGAAUUUUUCAACUUAUUUAACUGAAUUAAGAACAAUUGCUCGGAAUUGUGAUCAUGAGUCAAUUACACCCGAUGAAAUAUUAAGAGAUAGACUAGUAUUGGGCAUAAGAGAUGACAAAGUUCGCGAGCGAUUGCUGCGAACAGAUGGGUUGUCACUCAAGAAAGCUGUUGAAAUAAUCAAAGCCGCAGAACAAACACUACUACAAGUAAAACAAUUGACUGGGCAUUUAUCUGUAAACACAAUUAAAGAAAAUAAAGGUGACGCAAAAGUUACAAUGCGAAAUACCCAAGAGAGGCGGGGCCAAGGUCAAGCAAGGGGCGGAGCCCAACAGCGCCAACAGCAUAAUAGCUGUCGCAAUUGCGGAAGAAAUCAUGGCAGACGAAUUUGCCCAGCAUUUGGAAAAAAUACCAUAGCUGUAACAAGCUUAACCAUUUUGAAAAGAUGUGUCGAAGCAAAAACGUGUCUCUAGUCCAAGAGGACUCUGACACGGAUUCAGAGGACACGUACGGCAUUAGCUCUGUUUCCAAGAAUAAAAAGAAGAAAGGUUCUCGGGCAAAAGCAGCAGUGAGUGACAAAAUUGCACAUUAGUAAACAAAAGAAUGAGAACAAUGUUGAGAUUCAGUUGGACACAGGGGCCCAGUGCAACAUUCUUCCUACUGAGACAUAUGUAAAGGUCACAGGAGAUACUGAGCUGUAGUUAAGCUGUGUAAGAAAGAGAUUGUAUUAUACACUGGAGAGCGACGCAACAUAACUGGAAAGGUCAUACUUCCUGUAUGGCAUGCUGGGGAAAAGCAACUGAUCAAGUUCAAUAUCAUUGAUGGUGACUGACGACCAAUUCAGUCUCUAGAUACCAGCCUACAGUAGCUUUGGGUAUUCUAAACCUGCGACAUUGUGACAUAUCUGGGUAUCCAAUCCCCUAAAGACCCAGCAAGUGAACACAAGGACAAACCUGCGACAUUGUGACAUAUCUGGGUAUCCAAUCCCCUAAAGAUGUUUGAUGGUUCAUUAGGUAAAAUACCAGACACAUACAAGAUUGUGAUUGACAGUACAGUUCAACCUGUAGUCCACCCUCCACGACGAGUGCAUGCCAGUGGCCCUGCGUCCACGUAUAAAAUCGGAACUGGGAUAAGUUAGUUGAACGUGAAGUGAUCGUUCCAGUGACCAAACCAGCACAGUCAAGCAUGUUAGCUGUAGUAAAACCAAACAAAAUCAGGAUCUGCAUAAAUCCACGUGAUCUUAACCGUGCAAUACAUUAUCAAUAGAUGAUUCCAGUUACAGACUUAAUUUUGAGCUCGGCAAGUAGAACGAAAUCCAUCAGCACAGCUAGAAAGAGCAUGUUAAAAUUAGUAAAAUUGCAAAGAUUGGUUGCGAAAUGUUGUAAAAUGGAAAAAAUAUAGCCCUGCGAAAUUUGCAAAUUUUGUAUUAAUUUGUAUUAUAUACGCACGGGAAAAUGCACCACUUUCGGCCCAAAUGUACUGCAUUUUCCCGCGCGUAAUACAAAUUAAUACAAAAUUUGCAAAUUUCGCAGGGCUAUAUUUUCCGCAUUUUACAACAUUUCGCGGCCAAACGUUGCAAUUUUACUUAUUUGAACAUGCUCUUUCUAUAGCUGUGGUGAUGGAUUUUGUUCUUCUUGCCCAGAUCAAAAUUUAGUCUAUAACUGGAAUCAUCCAUUGCCCACUGUAGAAGAAGUGACUACCCGGUUAACAGGGGCAAAGAAGUUUACAGUUUGCGAUGCAAAAGAUGGAUUCCAUCAAGUACAACUCGACUCAAGUUAUCUGACCACAUUUAACACUCCCUUUGGUAGGUUUCGGUGGAUCGAUUGCCAUUUGGAAUUUCGAGUGCUCCCAAGGUUUGGCAGCGUCGUACGCACGAGUUUGUAGAAGGUUUAGAAGGUGUCGAAGUAUUAAUUGCGCCACAUUUAACACUCCCUUUGGUAGGUUUCAGUGGAUCGAUUGCCAUUUGGAAUUUCGAGUGCUCCCAAGGUUUGGCAGCGUCGUAUGCACGAGUUUGUAGAAGGUUUAGAAGGUGUCGAAGUAUUAAUUGCGGACGACUAUCUCAUUGCUCUUUUUGACUUUUGGGAAUACUGAAGAAGAGGUCAAUGCGAUCUUAGAAAGGAAUUAAUGAACGGGUGUUUUUCGAUAAAUGUCGAGAAUGGAACUUAAUGUUGAACAAAAGCGAGCACAAUCGUCAGUGGCGUUCAUGGGGCAUCUCCUCACAUCCGAAGGGUUAAAGCCUGAUCUGGCCAAAGUGGAAGCAAUCCUUGAAAUGCCCCCUCCAACUGAUGUCAAAGGUGUAAAGUGUUUUCUAGAGAUGGUCAACUACCUCGCCAAAUUCCUAUACCAUUGUUAUCGGACAUGACUCAACCACUACGAAAGCACGAGGACAAGGAUGUUGAGUGGUGUUGACUGGAGCAAUAUGAAAAAGCAUUUAAAACAGUAAAGGACUACCUUGCGAAAGCCCCAGUACUUGCUUAUUAUACGACGUCACUAAAUGACUAAAGAGGUAACAGUACAAUGUGACGCCAGUGAAACCAGACUUGGCGCCGUGUUGUUGCAAGAAGACCAGCCAAUUGCAUAUGCCUCAAGGGCGCUGACGGAGACAGAGACCAGGUAGGUAUACCCAAAUUGAAAAGGAACUAUUGGCAAUUGUUUGGGCUACCAACAAAUUUGAUCAAAAGAAACUUACAAAGAACUUAAAUUUGAUCAAUCCUUGGUCGCAGGAUUGUACGCAUUGAAUCAGACCAUCAACCACUGAAAGCAGUUUUCGCAAAGCCUGUCCACAAAUCGCCUAAGAGAUUGCAAAGAAUGUUAAUGGCCCUACAGAAUUACACACUAGAAAUACAUUACAAGAAAGGAACAUUAAUGUGGAUUUCAGACACCCUGAGUCGGGCAUAACGAAGUACAGUACAACCGAGUCUGCCGAACACGACCUAAGCGAAGUAUGUGCAUUAGAAGAAGUUGACCACUGCGAAGGUGUGUGAAUAGCUCGAACCGGUUAAGCCAGUUUAAACAAUGUACAGCAACAGACCCAGUGAUGCUGUUUAACAACUCAUUACCGCUAUCAAUACAGGAUGGGCAAUAGACCAGAAACAAUGUACACCAGCACUAAUUCCAUUCUAUAACAAUCGAAGCGAACUUAUUGAAGAUAGUGGAUUAGUUUUCUUUGGGGAAAGACUCGUUGUCCCUUCAUCCUUAAGAAAAGAAAUGCUACAGCAAAAUCAUAAGUCCCAUAUAGGUAUUGAGGGUUGUCUGCGGCAAGCAAGGGAAGUGAUAUAUUGGCCACGAAUGAAUGCGGAGGUGCCGAAAAUGCAGUGAAAACCUGUAAAUCCCUAUUAAAGAAAGCAAGAGCCAGCGGUGAAGAUCCUCUAUAAGCAUUACUAGAUUGGAGGAACACCCCGACUGACUGAAAAUAUGGGAACCUCACCAGUGCAAAGAUUAAUGUGUCAACGAAUUCGUACAUUGCUUCCCACAAAUCAGAAUCUUCUCAAACCACGGGAACAAAACGGAACAAAGAAGGAAGUAGAGAACCGCAAAGCAAAACAAGUAAGGUUGUCUAACGAGAAAUAUAAACCGCUGGAGCCCCUACAAAGUGGAUGUGCCAUUAGAAUGAAACUUCGAGGUGAUAACCGUUGGUCGCUUGGUACCUGCGUACGUGCACUCAACAACCGAUCUUUCGAAGUCGAGGUUUGUGGAAGACGAUAUCACCGUAAUCGCCGUUUUCCACGUGCGACCAAAGAGAUGGCAGCACCUCCCAACGCGAAAGAUUCCCAAAUCGAACCGAGCGAGCCAAUCAAAACGGACCUCACCCCGAGUUUACCAAUCGUGGAACAUAGCACCCCAACUAUAUAACCCUAUAACCCAUGAAACGGGAAAUGAAAAUCUGGCAAGCAGUACUGGCAGCAAUGGAGGUUGAACGCCGAGUGAAUAUAACGCGGGACAAGAAGAGACAAUCCCCCGUCGAACUACGCGAGUGCGACGUUCGCCAGAAUGGCAUAAAGAUUACGAAAGACGCCAAUAAUUAUCACGCAUUAUUUAGUUAUAUGUUAGGCAUAAACACUAUGAUGCCGUUAAACAAUUUCGUUGGAACACACACAAAAAAAAAACAUAAACAAUUUUAUUUUGAGAGGAAGAUGUGGCGAUAACAUCGUUGAUGUCACGUGAGUUCAUGUUGUUGUUGAGAGUUUGGACAAACUGUGAUUUAGACGUGCGAUCAUCACGCUUGUAUAAAUUUAAGUAAUAAAGCUAUACUUUGGGUAACAGCUAUCAGUAUCGUUAUUCGUUACAGUACAGUAGGUUUCAGAAGCUCCACGGUCAGGAAAAAAUGGCAGGAAAAUGUCUGCCAAAUUAAUAGGAGUAAAUAUGUGAAAAGUAAUACAAACAUACACAGUCAGUUCAUCGAUUGUUAUUGAUAGUCCAUUUUAAUGCAAUUAGUCUAUUAAAAUAAUUGUUAUCAAUACCGAUCAAUUAGCUCACAUGAGCAUCCUUCAUCAAUUGUACCAGUAUCCUUCAAUCAUAUACAUCACAGGUUAAAUAGCUCGUUAAUUCUGAAGAUUAAUAUAAAGAAGAUCAAUCUUUAAACUGUUGGACUGGAAUACAUAAUUCAAGUUUUACAAUCUGUUGAGGAAUUUGGGAUAGGACUGGCAGAUGUAUUCUUAUAUUCCCAGGAGAUUAUACUCUAAAUAUGUAACUUAUAUGAGGAUUGACAAAAUGUUUAGGAAACUAUACUUACAGUAACUUACCAAGGAAAACUAACCAUGUGUAGUACAGUAUAAAUGAAUAAAAAAGAAUUCUAAUAUUACACACAUGCUUAUUUACAGGUCUUACUGAGAGUGACAUGCUAAAGCUUUGGAAAGGUCUCUUUUAUUGCAUGUGGAUGUCUGAUAAACCUAAAGUUCAGGUAAACAUAAUCAUUUUCUGCAAUUCGCAGCAAAUUAUAUAAGUUGCACUUACUGUAAAAGAUUUUUUAAGUAAGACGAUGAUACCCGACAGUAUAACGUCUCAUAAUCCUUGUAAUACAGAUGUUCUUUUAUGAAAACGUUACAAUAUUUAAGUAAGUAAGUGGGGCGUGCUAAUCAUCCUUUCUUGCAGCUGAGAGCUAAGCUGAAUUACGAGGGACGCAGCUCAACCUGAUCGAGUCGAAGGCUUUCUAAGGGCGCUUAUGGCAGCCACCUUAUGACUCAUGUCUGAUCACGGAGCACAGCUACGAUGGAAGGGUCAGUUGGGGGAUAACCCCAACCCACCAUGUAAACAUUCCCUGUGGGAGGAAACCGGAGUACCCGCAGAAAACCCACGACUUUCGGUAGAGCGUUGACUGACUCUUUUCACAUAAGUGCAUGUCGGCCAUGUCAUGCAUGCGUCCGUAGCGAGAAUCGAACCCACGAUCUCAGAGAUGAAAGGCUCUGACGAUUGCGCCACCGAAGCCCCAUAUUUCAAUUAACACCGAAGCCUCAUAUAUAUUUCAAUUAUAUUUAGGAAGAAUUAGCUGAAACCAUUGCUCAACUCCUUCACAGUUUUCAAAUAACCGCUGCAGGUAUGUCUAGCAAGGUAGUGAAUUACUGAAUUUAUAUAUUGGUUAUUGACUGCGAGUGAAAGAUGAGCUGAAGGAUUUUUGAAUUGAGAUUCAUGGCAGGAAAGAAGAGCAAUAUUUUCCUUUUUACGAUUAGCAUUUCUAUAGCGCAAAUUCACAUGUGGAUACGAUCAAAUGCGCUUUACAUCAAGUAUUAUACGCUUACCUAAUUACUUACUUAGCCUAUCACGCGUAAAAACGCUCAGGUUGAUGCAAUACUGAUGAAAACAGGAUUGAACAAUGUUUUGCUGCCCACAUUGUUCAUAGCUGUGAACAAUAUUGUUACACCCGAUUCAGGCUCAACAACAUUGUUCAACAAAGUUCUUGCAAAAAACGCCGAGCCCGUUGCUCAACAGGACUGAACAAUGUAUUGUUGCCCACGUUGUUCACACUUGUCAACAAUACAUUGUUCAAUCCUGUUGAGCAACGGGCUCGACGUUUUUUUGCCGUGUAGACUAUUUGAUCUUUACAACAAUUGUUAUAUUACUUUCUUAAAUGUGUUUAUCCUAACCCACCCUGUCAACUUUCUCUGUGGGAGGAAACCGGUGCACCCAGAGAAAACCCACGACUUUCGGCAGAGCGUUGACUGACUCUUUUCACAUGAGUCCGUAGUGAGAAUCGAACCCACGAACUCAGAGGUGAAAGGCGCUUGCUCUGACUACUAUGCCACCGAGCCCCUUUUCCAGGAAUUCUCAAAAACCCUGACCAGUUGGUUAUUACAUAAGUUUCAGCUUGCAUGUUACUGUAGUAUUAUUACCGACAGACUACAGUGCAUUCAUUUUAUCCACUUUAUGACAGUGUAAACAUUACUUUAUAAUCAAUGAGUAUAAAAUUUCUGCCGUUCAGCUGUAGAUUAUCUCGAUGGUUUUUACAAAACGAUAUGUCGAGAAUGGCAUGGAAUAGACCGUUUGCGUUUGGAUAAAUUUUAUCUGGUAAGUAUUAACCAAAUUUUUUUCGAGUUACGAAUAGCUGUAUGAAUUACUGUAACUUUCAAACUUUGAGUUGUUGCAAAGAGUUUUUAGAAAUUCUCCUUAACCUUUAUCUUAGUGUUUGAAAUAUUUGGGACCGAACACAUCUUACAAUCCAUCAUCGUUUUUAUCAUUGGCCAUUUCAAAACGGAAAAAUAGCUUGAAAAUAUCAGAAAAACGUUUCUACAUAACUUGUGCUAUUUAUAAAUAAUUAACCAAACAAUUACAACAGACAUGCAGGAGGAAAAAUAAGCUUUAUAAAUUGCUCAAUACCGUAAUCUCUGUAUUUAAGUGCACUGGGAGGAUUAUUUCACCUUACUGGUGCUUAUUGGAGAGCAUAGCAGGAAUUAGUGGUCUGUCAUCUAGGAUCCCAGAAAAUUUUCAAACCUGGCUUGCAGUAGCUGGCAGAACAUUUUAGGGCAUAUUGCAUGUGUGCUAUAACUGGCAUCAUGCACCGUGACUUAUUUCAAUACAUCAAAAUAAUCCCGCCUCACAUCUCGUUCUGGCAAAGCGGCAUCAUAUAAACAGCCAAUAUUCAGCAAAUUGCAAAUGCUGCCUUUGAUCCAUUGGGGGCGAGGCAGCACUUUCCUUACGAUAGUAACUUCUAGUUUAUUAGUAAUAUUAGGAAGAAUAUUCGUGACAUCUGCAGAAUACUUUGACCGCGAAACUCCACAAGCGCAAAAGCCCUGCAUGCAUGGGUACGAAGUUGCGCUGGUCCUUGAGUUUAAUAUUUUAUCUUUACAGCUAAUUCGUAAGUUUGUGUACCAGGGUAUUGUGUUUCUCAAGAACCAUGGUUGGAAGAAUGAG